AUGGAAAGAGUACCAGAAGACUUUGCCCAAGUGUUACAAACCUAUACACAACAAGGACACCGAGUACUAGCUCUAGCACAUCGACCUUUGUACAAGAUUUCUUAUGCUAAAGUUCAAAGAAUUUCAAGAGAGGAACUAGAAAUUAACUUGGUUUUCAAGGGGCUGUUAGUGAUGGAAAAUCGUCUGAAAUCAGAAACUGCUGGAAACAUAGAGAUCUUAAAAGCUGCAAACAUUCGUCCUGUUAUGGUUACAGGUGAUAACAUGUUAACAGCUUUGAGUGUGGCCUACGACUGUGGUAUGAUUGUGAAGCAUAAUCAGGUAGUUCAGUUAUCCACAACUCAAAUUGAAGAUGUAAAUGUUCCUACAUUGUCAUGGGAUUUUGCCAGUUUACCAACAAAAAAAUAUGAACAGGUUAAAACAUUGAGAAAG